CAACGAUGUAGAUUGAACAACUUCAAAACAGAACGGUGAAAAGUUUGACGAGCCAGUGAACGUUUUUGAAAUUCCCAUCCUUAUUUGUGUUGUGGCGUUUGAGCUCCAAAUUUAAAAUGCGCGACGGUGAUUGGCUAUUGCGCCGAGUGUUAAUGUGAUUAGUGAUGUGUUGUGUCGAUAGUGGUUAUCGAUAGUCGUCAAAAUGGCGACGAUGGAUCUCACCAACGAGGUGAUCCGCCUGCGGGCGGAGCUGGAGAAGGUGUCCACAGAGAGAGACAUGCUCCUCUGUGAGGUCUCCAACUUGAGGCGGGAGCUGGAACUGAGCGAGUUGAAACACUUGCAAGAUGACGUCAGCUUCUCUCAGAAGGUAGACGAAGAAGAAGGGACGGGUGGGGUGGCUCUGCAUCCCCCCGACGGAUUCUAUACCCACCAGCAUUCUAUCCACGCCCAUCAUGCCCACACUGCAGAACCCGAUCGAGGAUACAUGGAGGGCAACAGAUAUGUCACUGCUGUUCAUCGACCCUUACCUGCUCUAAACCACUCGAACUCGUCAUGCUCGUCGGCGUCGAACGCGUCCACGGGGGCAGGGCUGUGCGUGGGCGCAGCCGAGCCGGCGCCACCGCUGUACAUCGCCGCCCCACCAGAGGGCUUUGGACACGCAGUUCAUACAAACAGCCGUUAUGAAAUGUCCCAAGACCUUCUGGACAAACAAACGGAGAUCCUAGAACGGAGGUACGGAGGGUUGAGAGCAAGGAGGGCUGCGGUGACCAUCCAGAGGGCGUUUAGGAGACGACAGCUGUUGAAGAAGUUUAGUGCCAUCACAGCUAUGGCUAAGGCCGCUGACUCGAACGCGAGGAGGCUGCAGGAUGGGCCCGAACAUGGGCAACUAGUCAAUGGUACAGAUAUAUACGCAAAUACGCUACUACAGAAGAGUCCUGGUGGGGUGGAGAAGUCCCUAGCACUGACCAGGCCCAUGCGGUCCAUGUCGUUACGAGAACGACACGACAUUGAUAUGAGCAAUCACAUGGUCUGCGACCCUCAAAGCGAGGUGGAAGCUAUGGUGGCAAGAGUCCAGCAGUCAGCCCAUCAGAUCCACAUGAUAGCAGCUGACAUGCCACCCCUACACCGCGGAGAUGCUGACAGUGGGGUGUGCAGUUGUUCAGUGAGUGGCUCCGUCACCAACAUAUCUACGUCCUCGUCGCACAAUGAAUCUCUACACAACCAUCAGUUAUUAAAUAAUACAGGCCCAAUAUACGGCAACCUGCUAUCAUCAGGCGGCAAGCCGCUCUCGUCGCCAACAGCUCGUCAGCAACAACAGCUAGCCGCCAUCCAAGCUGCCAACGCCAGGAGACUCCCGCCCGAAGUACCGAAGCGGACUAGCAGUAUUACACUCAAUGCGGAGAGCCCAGUCUCGCUCCGUCGAGCUGAAUGCGGGGCAGUGGUCCGCGGUGGCUCCAUGUCCUCAGUGCAAUCCUCUUCAUCAUCAUCCUCGCAGGAACACCGCCACCACUACCACCAGCCGUACCAACCUAGAGCUCCGGAGCCCGUGCAGGCGGCGUACGGCGGUCGCGCGCCGGGGUACGAGGAGCGGUUCUCCGUGUGGAAGCGUCAGGACGCGCCGCCGUACUACGAGGCGCCCGCCGCCGCCUGCUGCCGGCCCGCGCACGACCACCUGCCGCACAACCACCAGCCGCUCAAGGUCUCAGAAACGGUUCGCAAGCGGCAAUACCGCGUCGGUCUGAACCUGUUCAACAAGAAGCCAGAGCGAGGCAUUGCCUACCUGAUCUCCCGUGGGUUCCUUGAGAACUCCCCUCGAGGAGUCGCCAGGUUCCUCAUCACGAGGAAGGGGCUCAGCAAGCAAAUGAUUGGAGAGUACCUUGGGAAUCUGCAGAAUCCAUUCAAUAUGGCUGUGCUUGAGUGCUUCGUGAACGAGUUAGACCUGUCAGGUAUGGCAGUGGACGUGGCACUGCGUCGCUACCAGGCCCACUUCCGCCUGCCUGGCGAGGCACAGAAGAUCGAGCGGCUGGUGGAAGCCUUCGCCAGGCGGUACUGCGUCUGUAAUCCUGACUUCGUGCAGAGAUUGAGGACUCAGGAUACGAUAUUCGUCCUAGCAUUCGCCAUAAUAAUGUUGAACACGGACUUGCACACACCGAACUUGAAGCCCGAGGCUCGGAUGUCGCUGGACGACUUCGUACGCAACCUGCGCGGCAUCGACGACUGUGGCGACAUAGACCGGGACAUGCUGGCGGGUAUAUACGACCGGGUCAAGUCCAGCGAGUUCAGACCCGGCAGUGAUCAUGUUACGCAGGUAAUGAAAGUCCAAGCAACAAUAGUGGGCAAGAAGCCCCACCUGGCCCUGCCGCACCGCCGCCUCGUCUGCUACUGCCGGCUCUACGAGAUACCAGACAUACACAAGAAGGAACGGCCUGGCGUCCAUCAGAGAGAGGUGUUCCUGUUCAACGAUCUGCUGGUGAUUACGAAGAUCUUCAGCAAGAAGAAGUCGUCAGUGACGUACACGUUCCGCCAGUCCUUCCCGCUCUGUGGCAUGCUCGUCAACCUGUUCUCUGUGCCACACUACCCGUUCGGCAUCCGCCUGUCCCGCCGCGUGGACAGCCGUCGCCUGGCCACGUUCAACGCCCGCAACGAACACGACCGCUGCAAGUUCGCCGAGGACCUGCGCGAGAGCAUCGCCGAGAUGGACGAGAUGGAGGCCAUGAGGAUCGAGGGAGAACUCAACAGGGGGAAGGGGAGAUCUGCUGGGAACUCUGCUAGGAAUGUGAUGGAGAACAGAGACAGUGGAGUGGCUGAUGUAGAAAUUGAUCAUCAACAGUGCAUGGAUCAUGUUCACAUGCAUGGCGUGGUGGUCCCCCCUCCCCCGUCGUGCCCGGCCCCCGCGGCUCCCCUCCGCGCCCAGAACCCGCCCCCCACCACCAUCAUCAAGCGGAACGUGCUCAGCAACUCACUCGUUGAUAUUAAUGAUCCGGCGACAACGGCUUUGUGGCUUAACCUGGACUAG